AAGAUAAGAAAAAUAGUACUAGUAGAGAGAGAGCAAUGUACAGUCAAAGAGAGUCCGAUCAAGUGGAAACAGCUAAGAAACUUUCUCCCCCAUUCCUUUUUUGUGUGAUUCUUCUCCAUUGAAAAAUAAUAAUAAUGCAGAGCACAACCGAGAUGACUCCACGCGCCGCCGAUCGUUCAAGUUAACUCAGCCGAGAGAGAGAGAAACCAUUAACCAUGGGAUGUGCAGCGUCGAAGCUCGAUAAUGAAGACACAGUACGGCGGUGCAAAGAACGCCGCCGUCUCAUGACGGAAUCUGUCAACGCACGACAUCACCUAGCUGCAGCUCACGCCGAUUACUGCAGAUCGCUUCGUCUCACCGGAUCUGCUCUUUCAUCAUUCGCCGCCGGUGAGCCAUUAGCUGUAUCAGAUCAGACUCCGGCUGUUUUUCUCCAUACUCAUCAUCAUCAUCCUCCUCAACCGCCGUCGUCGUCUCAACACUCUUCCGCCAAGUUUAUACCGCCGUCACCUGCUCCUUCUUCAGUCUAUACUCAACCGCCGGCUCCUCCUUCUGUUGCUGCUAGCUCGAAACUACCUCCGAUUGUUACAGCGUCAUCUAAUCGGCGCCGGAAACAGCCACAGCAACAACCUAAGUUACCUCAUAUUCUCUCGAGUCCUUCGUCUAGUGAGAGAUCCAAUUUCAUGCCGAGCUUUUACCCUACUGCUUACCAGAACUCUACUUACUCAGCCACUCCUUCUCAAGCUUCUUCCGUCUGGAAUUGGGAGAACUUUUACCCUCCUUCCCCUCCUGAUUCUGAGUUCUUCGAUCGGAAAUCUCAAGAGAGGCAACAACAACAGAACCGCUAUGAAGACGAUACCGAAACAGAGAGAUCGGAGCAUGAGUUUUUCCAUAUGAAGAAGAAGAAGCAAUUCGAGUCUACUGCGGUGGAAGAGGAAGAGGAGACUGAGAGAGAGGAGGUUCAGUGUAGCGAAUGGGAGGAUCAUGAUCAUUACAGUACGACGAGCUCAUCUGAGGCCGCGGAGGAGGAAGAGGAAGAAGAGGAUAGAGAGUCAGUGUCUGAGAUUGGGACGCGUUCCGAUUUCGGAUCUUCUGUGAAGACGAGUUCGAUGAGACGGGAGUACCAUCAGAAGGCGCCGCCCCAAGCAAUGCCGCAGGAGUAUGGAGGUGGUGUUUCACAAGAGAAGUAUGGCAAAGCAGAUGACGCGACGACGUCUUCUGGUAGCUACAGAGGCGGAGGAGAGAUGGUGGUGAGGCAUAGAGAUUUGAAGGAGAUUGUUGAUGCUAUCAAGGAGAAUUUCGACAAGGCGGCUUCUGCUGGUGACCAAGUUUCUCAGAUGCUACAUCUUGGCAGGGCUCAGCUUGAUCGCAGUUUCAGCCAAUUGAAGAAGACGGUGAUUCAUUCGAGUAGUGUAUUGAGCAAUCUGAGCUCAACCUGGACCUCAAAGCCGCCAUUGGAAGUCAAGUACAGGCUUGACACAACCGCAUUGGACCAACCGGGUGGUCCAAAGAGCCUAUCUUCCAGUCUAGACCGCCUCUUGGCAUGGGAAAAGAAACUCUAUGAGGAAGUCAAGGCUAGAGAAGGGUUGAAGAUUGAGCACGAAAAGAAGUUGUCAAAGCUUCAAAGCCAAGAGUACAAGGGAGAGAAUGAGAUUAAGUUAGACAAGACAAAGGGCUCUAUCACGAGGUUACAGUCUCUUAUAAUUGUUACUUCUCAGGCCGUCAGCACAACGUCUAAUGCAAUUAUUCGCCUUCGAGAUACUGAUCUUGUCCCGCAGCUCGUUGAACUCUGCCAUGGCUUCAUGUACAUGUGGAAAUCAAUGCAUCAGUUCCACGAGAUUCAGAACAACAUCGUACAGCAAGUUCAGGGGCUCAUUAACAGGUCAGGCAAAGGGGAAUCAACAUCUGAACUACACAGACAAGCAACACGUGACUUGGAAACAGCUGUGUCUUUAUGGCACUCUAGUUUCUGCCGGCUGAUUAAAUUCCAAAGGGACUUCAUACAUUCGGUUCAAGCCUGGUUCAAGCUAACUCUUCUUCCAGUUUGCCAAGACGACAAUCCCAGUCAUAAAGAGCCAGUAGACGCCUACGCAUUUUGUGAUGAGUGGAAGCUUACUCUAGACCGAGUCCCAGACACAGUGGCUUCCGAAGCAAUCAAAAGCUUCAUCAACGUUGUUCACGUGAUAUCAGCGAAGCAGUCCGAGGAACUAAAGAUAAAGAAAAGAACAGAGUCAGCAUCAAAGGAGCUUGAGAAGAAAGCUUCCUCGCUUAGAAACAUCGAAAGGAAAUAUUAUCAGUCGUAUUCCACGGUCGGGUUUGGUCUCCCGGAUUCAGGACCAGACAACGGACACGUAUUAGAUGCUCGGGACCCGCUCACAGAGAAAAAAUUGGAGCUAGGAGCAUGCCAGAGAAGAGUGGAGGAAGAAAUGCUGAAGCAUUCCAAGGCAAUAGAUGUAACAAGAGCCAUGACUCUGAAUAACUUGCAGACGGGUUUGCCUGGUGUGUUCCAAGCUUUAACGAGUUUCUCUGCUCUGUUCACGGAAUCCUUACAGACGGUAUGCACUCGGUCAUACUCCAUCAAAUAGCACACUAAAUUAUAUAGACUUUUACUAUACUAUAUAGUUGGAAAAUACAAGACUAUAUAGUUACAAUUUUCCUAUCUUUAUUUAUGCUUAUUUCGGGGCUUGGUUGUUUGAUAGAUUUGCUUGGAUAUUGUUUAUUUCUGCAAAGAAAAUGUAUAUAUAUGAAGUCUCUAGGACUUGGCUUUUGAUUUCUGGUUAUGAAAUGUGGGGAUUUUUGUUCAUGUAGUUCUCAGCUACAUGUUCUAAUGAAAAUGAAUAAGAACCAAUCUCUUGCUU